UGGUGCCGAAAGUAAUAAUACACCGAAAAAAGCCGGUGCAAGUGGCAGUGGUGCCGAUAUACCGAAAAAAGCCGGUGCAAAUAGCAGUGGUGCUGGAAGUAAUAAUACACUGAAAAAAGCCGGUGCAAGUGGCAGUGGUGCCAGAA